CGCUCGGCUCCCGCGGCGGCGGCGGCGGCCAAGAGCGGCUUCGCGAAGUCCUGGCCGGUGGGCGGGCGGCCGCGGGGCUGCGCGCGUCCGGCAUCCCGGGGCCGCUCGGGCCCGGGCGGCGAGGGGGGCCCGGCGGUCCAUGCAUCCGCCGCCGCCCGCCGCCAUGGAUUUCAGUCAGAACAGCCUGUUCGGCUACAUGGAUGACCUGCAGGAGCUCACCAUCAUCGAGAGGCCGGUCCGCCGGAGCCUCAAGACACCAGAAGAAAUAGAAAAGCUGACAGUUGACGAAGACCUCAGUGACAUCGAGAGGGCUGUUUACCUGCUCAGUGCUGGUCAAGACAUCCAGGGAACAAGUGUGAUUGCAAAUCUUCCAUUUUUGAUGCGACAAAAUCCUGCUGAGACACUUCGGAGAGUCUUGCCAAAAAUUAGAGAAGUGCUCCACGUCGCAGGAGUGGACAUGCAGCUGACGGCUGCCGUGUCGUUCCUGACCAUCCUGCAGGAAGAAUCAGUGUCGGCUCAUACCUACGCCCACUCCUUCCUGCAGAUCAUUCUGCUGCAUCUGGAGCACAGGGAUGCAGGUGUCAGCAAUGCAUGGCUGGAAACUCUCCUGUCUGUAGUAGAUGUUUUGCCAAAAGAAACCCUAAGGCAUGAGAUUUUGAAUCCACUUGUUUCCAAGGCACAACUUUCUCAAACAAUCCAGUCCCGUUUAGUUAGCUGUAAAAUUUUAGGAAAAUUGACCAACAAAUUUGAUGCCCAUACCAUCAAGAGAGAAAUCCUGCCCCUGGUAAAGUCACUCUGUCAAGAUGUAGAACAUGAAGUCCGAUCUUGCAUGUGUCGGCAAUUGGAGAAUAUAGCGCAGGGCAUUGGGACAGAACUUACAAAAAGUGUAGUGCUCCCUGAAUUAAUAGAACUCUCUAGGGACGAAGGCAGCAGUGUGCGACUUGCAGCUUUUGAAACUUUGGUUAAUCUGCUCGACAUUUUUGACGCAGAUGACAGAAAUCAAACUAUACUUCCCUUAGUGAAAUCAUUUUGUGAAAAAUCUUUCAAAGCAGAUGAAUCAAUUCUUAUUUCCUUAUCUUUCCAUUUAGGAAAACUAUGCCAUGGAUUAUAUGGAAUUUUUACUCCAGAUCAACACUUGCGAUUUUUGGAAUUUUAUAAGAAACUUUGUACACUGGGUUUGCAAGAAGAAAAUGGACACAAUGAAAACCAGAUUCCCACGCAAGUCCUAGAACAGGAAAAGAAAUAUGUAUCAGUACGGAAGAAUUGUGCUUAUAACUUUCCGGCCAUGAUUGUUUUUGUUGAUCCCAAAAACUUCCACAUGGAACUCUAUUCUACAUUCUUCUGCCUUUGUCAUGACCCUGAAGUGCCAGUCAGAUACACUAUUGCUAUUUGCUUUUAUGAAGUAUCUAAACUUCUGAAUUCUGGAGUAUAUUUAAUACAUAAAGAACUAAUAGCAUUAUUACAAGAUGAAUCACUGGAGGUACUAGAUGCUCUGAUAGACCAUCUUCCGGAAAUCUUGGAGCUUAUGUCUACUGGUGGGGAAAGCAGUGUGCAGGAAAAUAAGCUGUCGGCUCUGCCGGACUUGAUUCCAGCACUGGCUGCCGCUGAACAGCGAGCAGCAGCCUCUCUAAAAUGGAGAACUCAUGAGAAACUACUGCAGAAAUACGCCUGUCUGCCACACGUCAUAUCAAGUGAUCAGAUUUAUUAUCGUUUCUUGCAAAGAAUGUUCACAAUCAUGAUGACAAAUAAUGUCUUACCUGUCCAGAAGGCAGCUUCACGAACUCUAUGCAUUUUUCUACGUUAUAACCGCAAGCAGGAACAGAGACACGAGGUCAUUCAAAAGUUAAUUGAACAACUGGGUCAAGGAAAAAGUUAUUGGAAUAGACUUCGAUUUUUGGACACCUGUGAAUUUAUUAUAGAUAUAUUUUCCAAAUCAUUUUUCUGUAAAUAUUUCUUUCUACCUGCUAUUGAACUGACACAUGAUCCAGUAGCAAAUGUGAGAAUGAAGCUUUGCUACCUGUUGCCCAAAGUAAAAUCUACUCUGAAGAUCCCUGCAGACAAGCAUCUCCUUCAGCAGCUAGAAAUGUGUGUGAGGAAGCUCCUGUGUCAAGAGAAAGACAAGGAUGUCCUGGCUAUUGUGAAGCGGACCGUCUUAGAAUUGGACAGAAUGGAAAUGUCUAUGGAUGCUUUUCAAAAAAAGUUUUAUGAAAAAGAUUUGUUGGACCAAGAGAAAGAAAGAGAAGAACUACUUCUUUUGGAAAUGGAGCAGUUGGAAAAGGAGAAGCAACAGAAUGAUGGAAGGCCCAUGAGUGAUCAAAUCUUUGAAAAGAAACGUAGAGACACUAAAACACCCAUGCCAAAUCUGCCCAAGAGCAUCCCAGUUUCCGUGCCUGGACCUUCUUCUGGCAACCCAUCAACAAGCAAAGAAAUCAAGAAAUCCAAAUUGAUUCGAAGCCAGUCUUUUAAUAAUCAAGCUUUUCAGGCAAAAUAUGGCAGCUUAGACAAGUGUGCUAGUAAGAGUUCCCCAGCAGCAUACACACCUUCUGCCUCAGGGCUAGCAAAAACUGCUAUACUUUCCUUAACUGAUGAUUCAUUCCGGACUCGUAAUGCCAGUACUGUUCCAAGUUCCUUUUCUCCUAAUCCUCCCCUACCAAGUACCUCCCGUGGGACAGCUAACCCGGUUGACCCAAAGAGCACUGGAAGUAAAGACACGCAGGCGCGGAAGGCCACCUUAAAAUCCAGAAAAUCCAACCCUUAGAUCAGCUGCUCGAUGAAGGAGGUGAAGCCAAGAGCUGACGAGGUGACUGAAGGACUAAAACAGAAAUGACGCGGGGCCCUCUGUUUUCUUGUUCUUUAUUUUCUUUAACAUUUCUUUCUUCCUUUUUUUUUUAAUGAAUGGGAAAAGAAUGGCAUCUGAUGUUAAACUUUCCAUAUUUGAGAUUAGAUUCCCUAGGAGGUGUAAUAUAUAUUUCUCAAAAAAUAAUGUGGUUACAGAAUCCCCACGUCAGAGUGAAGUGCAGUGUGAAACCGUUUCAAGUAUGUGCUUAAUACGGCGGCAGAAGAGACGAGUGGUCUGCCUAUGCAGGAAACCAGCCAGUUAACAACAGUCCUGUAGUUUUUGCCUUUUUACGAUUGUAUAAAAGUCCCAGUUAGCUGAAAUUACUGUGACAGGAUAAUCAUUUGAAGGGGGUCUUGGCACGGAGGAGGUCAGAAAGGUACUGUGUUCUCUCAGGACCCUCCAAGCCCACUGGGAAAGUCCUCCCUAAAAAGGGUGCAAGCGAUGCAUGUGGUAUGAUCAGCCCUGCCAUUGUCAUGACCUAUUGUACCUGGCCAUUCCCAAAUUUGAAUUUGACAAUGAAAAUUCUACCAGGAUUUCUGAAAACUUUGAGCUAUAAAUACCUUAAAAAUGA